UCUCUAUCUCUGAAAACUGAAUUAUUUAUGGUCAUUCUACUGAGUUUGUUUACCAAUUUUAACAUUUCUGACAGUUGGCAAAGCUUUAAGUCAUUUAAGAAGAAGUUUACCUACAUUCACUACACUUGUCAAUAAUAUUUUACUUAAUUCUUGUGUCAAUUAUUAAUUGAUACUAUUUAUUACGAUUUCUCUAUAAAAAAACAAGGUUGUAAAUUUAUUUUCUUGAAGUAAAACCCUCAUCAAAGUAUUGAGAAUCAGUAGCAUGUUUUUCAAGAUAUUUUCCUUAUAAGUCUAAAAUUAUGCUAUUAUAAUUAAACAAUUUGUGUCUCAGAAAAAACUUAAGUAAGAAUUUUUGAGUGAUAAAAUGUCAGCACCAGAAGCUAUUCAGGUUAGCUCUUUGCCAAUGCCACCAAGUCAGUAUGUGAGUUUGUAUACUGACGAAAAUGUUCGACGAGGAAGAACACCUCGUCCUCCACCACCAAUUCAUGAUACUUACAUGAUGUUUGGAAGUAAUUUUAAUAUGGAUGAUACGAUAAUAAGACCACUUGAAACACAAGGAAUUAAAAGGCUUUAUCCUCAACAUUUCGAUAGACGAAGAGAAUUAAGAAAAUUAAAUCAUUCGUUGCUUGUCAACUUUUUGGAUUUAAUUGAUCUUUUAGUACAAUGUCCGGAUAGUCCUCGAAGAGCGGAAAAGGUUGAAGAUUUAAGUUUACUUUUUAUACAUAUUCAUCACUUAUUAAAUGAAUUUCGACCUCAUCAAGCGCGAGAAACCUUAAGAGUUAUGAUGGAAGUACAAAAAAGACAAAGAAUCGAAACUAAAGAGCGCUUUGAAAAACAUCUCGAUAAAGUUCAGGAAAUAUUGAGCCACGCUUUACAAAUUCUUCCCGAUAUGUCUGAAUUAGAUUCGAAACUUGGAAUAAAUACUGAUAUUAUGGAAUCUAUGGAUACGACAGGAUCCGACCAGGAAGGAUUCGACUCUUGCAAUAUUAAAGAUCGCAUUAUGUGUAACGUAAUUGAUGAACUGCUUUUAUCUAAUAAUUUAUAUUAAAUUUUGUAAUCGUUAAAAAUUUAUUAAUUAUACACUAUAUAUAUAUAUACAUUA